CGGCCCAGCAGGGUUGCCUGGUGGUUUCCACAGAACCCCUGGACGUGACGUCACAAUGUCCAUGACGUCACAAUGCCCGCGGCCUCUCGUGUAGCAAAGACCGGACCCGUCCCUUGUCUCCGUUCUAUUGUCUCCAUUGGGUUCCCCCACAGAAGGCUCAAAUCCUGGACUGUCCGCUUCAACACCCGGCCACCCCACUGGCGAGCCCGAUUCCCUGCAGAACUGGUGCAGCCCUAGGGAAGCAUGUGACACGUUUCCCCCACUCUGCCCUGCCGGGAUCAUCUCGGGGGAUAGUCUGUGUUUCCUCGCCGUGGCUCAUUCGGUGCUUGCUGGGUGUGCUUGCGUGCCUGCCCGGUUUGACUUAAAGCGGACUGGCUGUGAAGGCAUUUUUUAUUUGAGCUGAGCCUCGAACCCACUGCAUUCCUCUCAAGCCUGAAUUGGGAACAACUUUUGGUCUCUGCUGAUUGACCAAAUCAAACAGGCGACUUGAGAGUAUUUUAAUUUGACGGCAAGAUGACUCAAGCAGAAAUUAAACUCUGUUCCCUCCUGCUGCAAGAACAUUUUGGCGAGAUCGUGGAAAAGAUAGGGACUCACCUUAUCAAAACAGGCAGCCAGCCACUGAGAGUGAUUGCCAAGGACACAGGGAUGUUGCUAGAUCAGGUUAAGAAAGCUCUCUGUGUCCUCAUUCAACAUAACCUGGUGACCUACCAGCUGCAGAAGCGAGGCAUUGUGGAGUACGAAGCUCUGUGCAGUCGGGUGCUGAGGAUCCUGCGGUAUCCACGUUACAUCUAUACUGCCAAGACCCUCUACAGCGACAUGGGUGAAUUGAUUGUGGAGGAGCUGCUGCUGAACGGCAAAAUGACCAUGAGCGCUGUGGUGCAGAAGGUUGCAGACAGGCUGACGGAAACUAUGGAGGAUGGGAAAACUAUGGACUAUGCUGAAGUCUCCAACACGUUUGUGCGCCUAGCAGACACGCACUUCAUUCAGAGAUGCCCGGUGGCCCCUGAAAUUUCCAAGGCUUCGGCUGCACCACCCCCUCCAGCACCCACUCUGGCAGUUAAUGAGAAGGACAUGUAUCUGGUCCCCACCCUGAAUCUCAUAGGGAAAGGGAAAAGGAGAAGAUCAUUUGAUGAUGAAGAGAAGAGUGAGCACAAAGCAAAAAGGCAGAAGCAAGAUGCAGACAGCAAAGAGCCCCCGCCCGACGACGGCAUUUACUGGCAAGCCAACAUCGAUCGGUUCCACCAGUACUUCCGAGACCAAGCCAUAGUCAGCGCAGUGGCCAACAGGAUGGACCAGACCAGCAGUGAAAUCGUGAGGACUAUGCUGAGAAUGAGUGAAAUUACCACGUCCUCCAAUGCACCUUACACACAGCCCCUGUCUUCCAACGAGAUAUUCAGAUCUCUUCCAGCAGGAUACAACAUUGUGAAACAAAUUCUGGAUCAGUAUCUCACUUUGCUAGCCGAUGACCCGCUGGAGUUUGUCGGUAAAUCCGGGGAUAGUGGUGGGGGCAUGUACGUCAUCAAUCUCCACAAGGCCCUUGCAUCUUUGGCAACAGCAACGCUGGAAUCCAUCGUCCAGGAGAGAUUUGGUUCCCGCUGUGCCAGGAUCUUCCGUCUGGUUCUGCGGAAGAAACAUUUGGAACAGAAACAAGUGGAAGAUUUUGCCAUGAUUCCUGCCAAGGAGGCAAAGGACAUACUGUAUAAAAUGCUCUCCGAGAACUUUGUGUCUCUGCAGGAGAUUCCGAAGACUCCAGACCAUGCGCCUUCCAGGACGUUCUAUCUGUACACGGUGAACACUCUGUCCUCUGCGCGGAUGCUACUGCACAGGUGUUAUAAGAGCGUGGCCAACCUGAUAGAAAGGCGACAGUACGAAACCAAGGAGAACAAGCGCUUGCUGGAGAAGUCGCAGCGGGUGGAGGCCAUCCUCGCGUCCAUGCAGGCCACGGGCGCCGAGGAGGGGCAGCUGCAAGAGAUUGAGGAGAUGAUCACAGCCCCGGAGCGCCAGCAGCUGGAGAGCCUCAAGCGCAACGUCAACAAGAUCGACGCCAGUGAGAAUCAAGUCGACGAAACCAUCUUUGUGCUGGAGUCGUACAUCGAAAGCACCAUGAAGAAGCUCUGAGGGCGCCCCCUGCUGGCUGACCGCGUCCCCCCCGCCCCCCGCGCCGGUCAUGGCGCUGCAGGCACAGGGUGGACCCAUUUGCUUCCUGGGCGGGGGCCGUUUUCAGGCAGUUCGCCUGAGUUUUUAUUUAUUUUUACUGUAUGUUUAACAUGGAGGUGAGGGGGAAAUAAACCACUGACCUCGCUGA